AUGGAACUUUCAGACUGCAGUAUAACAGAGGAAGGAUACGCUGCUCUGGCUGAAGCUCUGAAAUCAUCACACCUGAUAGAGCUGGAUCUCAGAGGGAACGACCCUGGAGCAUCAGGAGUGAAGCUGCUCACUGAUGUACUACAGGAUCCACACUGUACACUGGAGACACUGAGGUUGUUGAAAAGUGCUGAUGCAGAGGAAGCCUACAAGUGUCUUACUGACAUUUUCAGAAGAAACCCCUUACUGCACACGGAGCUGGAUCUGAGAUACAACACACCUGAACACGUCAAAGUGAAGCAUCUCUCGGCUCUGCUGCAGGAUCCACAUUACAGACUGCAGAAACUUAGAUUAUGGAUGAGUGUAAAUGAGAAAUCCUGCACUGAUUUGGCUUCAGCUCUCUGUACAAAUCCAUCACACAUCAGAGAGCUGGAUCUGAGUGAGUGUGAACUAGGAGACUCAGGAGUGGAGAAGCUCUGUGAUCUACUGAAGAAACACGAGUGUAAACUGGAGACACUGCGAUUAUGGAGGAGUGUAAAUGAGAAAUCCUGCACUGAUUUGGCUUCAGCUCUCUGUACAAAUCCAUCACACAUCAGAAAGCUGGAUCUGAGGUGGUGUGAACUAGGAGACUCAGGAGUGGAGAAGCUCUGUGAUCUACUGAAGAAACACGAGUGUAAACUGGAGACACUGCGGUUAAUAAAGUGCAGAAUAACAGAUAGAGGCUGUGCUGCUCUGACUGCAGCUCUGAAGUUAAACUCCUCACAUCUGAAAGAUCUGGAUCUGAGCGGUAAUAAACUGGGAAAUUCAGUCACACAACUCGAGGAGUUACUGAAGCGUUCAGGGGGACAGAUACGGAGGACCACAGUGAUGCACGAGCACGUGAAACAGAAACACGAAGGUGGAACAUCAGCACAUAAGAACAAACCUGAGAAGAUCCACAUUAUAUGA